CUUUUUCAUUGAUCAUUGAUUAGGCUAUAUACAAUUCAAUGAAGGUUCACUAAACUUUGAAGCGCAUGCCUCAUGCAAUGAUGGAGAACGAGCUCUGGGACUGUUGAGAACCAGAACCAGAACCAGGAGUGAGGAAUAAUGCAGAAAAAAGUGCCUCGAUUACAUUUACAUGAAUUGCAUUCAGUUGUGUUUCAGGCACUAGAACAGUGCAGUACUUUAUAGUCAAACACAUGAAGAUUUGGCCCCUUCCUGUGCUAUAAACCCGAACAGUUUUCACUGACUGCAUUAGGUUUCCAUUUAUCCAGCAGAAUGAAAUAAGUCUCUGUCGGCCAUCCUGACAGUUAAUGUGCUCCUCAGUUAGUCUAACAACCCGAUCAUCCCGUCAGUCCCUCGGCGAACAGAAACCCCCCGCUAAGCGGCUAAUGACCGAGGCUAUAAUCCCCUCGAGACAAGCGCGGAGAUGCUCUUUCGAUCUCUCUAUAAAUAGGCUUGACUUCUGCCGCUCCUCCUUUACUAGAAGAGACACACAGAUCCUACCGAGAGACCAGUCGCUCAAGAGACACUUCAUAUAACCGGUGUAUCAGUGUUUGUAAGAGGAUUCAGUCGCUCGCGCGCAAUGUUGAUAUAAACUUUAGUCGCGCCAAACUCAAACCUGAAACCAGACAGACCUAGUCAUGUUUCCUCUGCCGAUGUUCACCCCUGAGCAGGUGGCUCGAGUCUGCGAGAACCUGGAGGAGACGGGAGACAUGGAGCGCUUGGGGCGCUUCCUCUGGUCGCUGCCCGCCGCGGUGCCCGGUUCCGCCGGAGAGCUGCUCAACCGGCACGAGUCGGUGAUGCGCGCGCGCGCUCUCGUCGCCUUCCACGGCGGGAACUUCGAGGCUCUCUAUCAGAUCCUGCAGAGCCACCGCUUCACGCGCGAGUCCCACGCCAAGCUGCAGGACCUGUGGCUGGACGCGCAUUACCGAGAGGCGGAGCGCCUGCGGGGGAGGCCCCUGGGGCCCGUGGAGAAGUACCGCAUCCGGAAGAAGUUCCCCCUUCCUCGGACCAUCUGGGACGGCGAGCAGAAGACGCACUGCUUUAAGGAGCGAACCCGUAGCCUCCUGAGGGAAUGGUACCUGCAGGACCCCUAUCCAAACCCCUCCAGAAAGCGUCAUCUGGCCCAGGCCACCGGUCUCACCCCCACUCAGGUGGGCAACUGGUUCAAAAACAGAAGACAGCGGGACAGAGCGGCGUCUGCUAAAAACAGAUUGCAGCAAGAUUCAUGCCUCCAUCCCUCCGGAAGCUCUCCAGAAUGCUCCUCGGAGCACAACACGCACCUCCAGGGCUCCUCACCGCACCGUCCCGGGAGCCCGGGGGAGAACAGUGACUGUAGCUCGGGCACGGGGCCGCGGGGACCGGGGCCUCCACCCCAGACAUAUCCGUCAGCAGCGACAGCGAGUUUGAGUCGUGAAGAACGCCUGCACCUGCCCUCCGAGAUGGACGCAAAGACACGAGCGUUUGAAGCGUCUGGAGGGAAGAGGACUGCUGCUCGUACAUGCACUUAAAGGAAAGACCGAGAAAUCAGGUUGCAAGAAGUCCGACUGAGCUCUCAGUUGCUCCCUUUUUCGUGAUCGGUUCGUCCCUGACCAAAGAGGAUCUGCAAUUUUUAGGCUGGACCUCUUAAAAGGCACGUGCCAAAUCAAUCUCUUCAGGUUCACUGGCUUUUUCAAUCAUCCUAAUGCUCAGGUGGCACAAAAUAUGAGUCGUAUCACACAGAAGGACAUCUAUUAUGCAUAUUGUGUAUUUGAAAUCGAAUCUAGAUCAUUCAUCCCGGCCUUUCAUAGCUCUGCAAACAUCUGUCAAAAGCAUGAAGCAGUUAGAUCUGCUUGUCCAAAAAGAGACCCACUGAAAACAGAAGGUAGAAGUGACUCGCUGCUGUAUGUUUUCAUAAGAAUGGAGUGUAGAUUAUGUCAGUUACUUGAGCUAACAUUGCAUUUUGUUGUUUGUUGUUGGUAAAUGAGGAUUUAGGUCCAUUGAGUUUUUUCAUCUGUUGAAUAUAAUGAUGUAGCCUGGAUGAAAAUAGAUUAACUGAUGUUAUAUAAAUGCUGCUUCCCUUUUAAUACACUGUGAAUUUGAAUAUAUUGUGAACACACAGCUUCUUGCAAUCAACUUUCUGUACAUUUCAUUUCAGCAAACAGAGUCACUCAGCUUUUUAUGUGCCUAUAUUCAAGGAUGACAUCAGACUUUAUGACCGUCUGUCAUUUAUCAUUUCCAAACCCAUACUCACCGAAGAAGAACGGGACCGUCUUGUGUUCAUUUGUCUGAAAAUGUGAAAUAAAUUAUAUUAUUUUUGAAUCUAA